GUCUGAGCAGCAGGUUCUCAGAGAAAGGAAAAAGCAACGCGGCGUAGGACGUUGGAGAAGGAGUCGCCAGACUCUCGGUGGGGACUUGCGCCACUCGGAGUUGGCGCUACUUGGAUCAGAGGAGGAUAUGAUAGAGGAGGACGAGGCGGAAGGCGGAGAAGAGGAGGACAGGGGAAGCAAGAGUUCCAGUUUUCUCUGUAAUAUGGAUGAUGAAGAUACUGUCUCACUCACAGACAGACGUCCCCAAUCAGCAUACGCAAAUGUUUACAGCGAGUAUGGGUGCUGCGAAAGAGUUGUUAUUAAUGUGUCCGGACUAAAGUUUGAAACUCUACUUAAGACUCUCACACAGUUUCCUGACACUCUUUUGGGAGACCCGGACAAACGAAUCAGGUACUUCGACCCUCUAAGGAACGAAUAUUUUUUUGACAGGAACCGACCAAGCUUCGACGCAAUUCUUUAUUAUUACCAGUCAGGGGGGCGAUUGAAGAGACCCCAAAAUGUACCGUUUGACAUCUUCUCUGAGGAGGUGAAAUUCUAUGAACUUGGGGAGGAGGCAAUGCUGAAGUUUCGGGAGGAUGAGGGUUUUGUCAAAGAGGAAGAGAAACCCUUACCAGAGGACGAGUUCAAACGCCAAGUUUGGCUUCUUUUUGAAUACCCAGAGAGCUCACAACCUGCGAGYGGGAUUGCAGUCGUGUCSGUUUUAGUCAUCGUWAUAUCAAUAGUCAUUUUCUGUAUGGAAACGUUGCCAGAGUUCAGGGACGAAAAAGAAUACCUUAAACCACGAGARAAUUCGACAGAACCRCAUGGACAGACCCCUUUUAACGACCCWUUUUUCAUUGUGGAGACGGUYUGCAUUAUUUGGUUUUCAUUUGAGAUUAUAGUGCGCUUCUUUGCAAGUCCAAGUAAAACGGAUUUCUUUAAAAACAURAUGAAUACUAUAGACAUUGUAUCSAUUUUGCCUUAUUUCAUCACGCUCGGCACAGAUCUUGCUCAACAGCAAGGCAAYGGGGACCAGGCAAUGAGUUUUGCAAUCUUGAGAAUAAUCCGCCUUGUCAGAGUCUUUCGCAUAUUUAAACUCUCCAGGCACUCCAAAGGACUGCAGAUCCUCGGACAUACCCUCCGCGCCAGUAUGAGGGAACUAGCGCUUCUGAUUUUCUUCCUCGUUAUUGGUGURAUUUUGUUCUCYAGUGCAGUGUACUUCGCGGAGGCAGACGAACCCGCGUCUCAAUUCACAAGUAUUCCCGACGCUUUUUGGUGGGCUGUCGUCACUAUGACCACGGUCGGAUAUGGAGACAUGAAACCAAUAACUGUCGGUGGGAAGAUAGUUGGCUCGCUCUGUGCCAUAGCGGGUGUGUUAACCAUAGCUCUUCCAGUGCCCGUCAUUGUAUCCAACUUCAAUUACUUCUACCACAGGGAGACUGAUAAUGAAGCAGACUCGCCACCGGUUGUUGAAACCCCACCACCUGCCUGCCCAUAUUUCCCCAACUUUCUCAAAAAAUUUAAAGGUUCCCCCUCAGGCUCUUCGCUGGGUGAUAAAGCGGAGUACAUGGAGAUGGAAGAGGGGGUAACGGAGUCGCUGUGUGGGGUGGACAAAAGCCCGAGUAAAGGAAAUGGGACAGACAUUGGCAGGAAAAACAGUACAAGUUCAAAGUCACAACAGACUGAUGUGUGAUGACAAAAAAAUGAUUAUUCUCGUGAAGAAAGAUAUGCUGUCAAAUCACACACACAUAGGUGGUCAGACUCACACAAGUGCGRACUUGCGCGCACACACACACACACACGCACACACAGACAGACAGACGCACACAGACAGACGCACACAUACUUUAUAUUUAGCUAUAUUUUGGGAAGCUCAAAUAUGGGGUUUUAUUUUGCCAUGUGGCUGCUUAGGGGAAUAUAGGCCUACGGGAAAAUAUACGCCCAAAUCAAAAGCUUUAUAACUAUUAUGACCAAUGUAAUCCGAUGAUAUCAGAUAUAGGCUACCUAUCUGGGCCUCGUAAACCUACAAAUGAAAUCGAAAAUAUUGAAUAGACAGGCUAUGCAUACGCACUUUAUGAGUUUCAUUUGUCAAUAAUGGAAGGGGAGAUAUAUAUAUAUAUUGUUUUGCUGUUAUGCGAUAAAGUCAAAGUUUAUAGUAGGCCUAGUUUGCACUAUUGUAAAAGCUUGUUCGAGUCGCUGACUUUCAAGAGAGAUAGACUUGGAAGUUAUAUUGAGAGACAGAAACUGUAGGCCAUAUGGCAACCUAUACACCCUUCGUUUGACUAAAGAGUAAUGAGAUAUUUUUAUUAUGAACAAUAAUCCAUUCUUAUUGCGUGUCAGUGUAGGUCUAACCCAUCUGUGUACACAAAAAAAAUACCGAUCAGAGACAUUGAAAUAGCUACAUCAUGUGUGAGAUUCUUGAGUAAAUGAGCAUGAUACCUAUUUCGGCAGCACACUGCGGUCAACAAGUGAGACGCUUGGCAAACAACAUUCUUUGCAACGCUUAGGCCUAAAUAAAGCCUUUUAUUGACCAACCACCGAGGUGAAGCACAAGAAUUACAAUAGAUACUCUGCAGACUGACAUGAGAAAUUGCUCCACACUGGCUGUCACGGGAGGUCCUGCACGGAAAUCUUGCGCGACUACAAGCCCGUCCCUUUAAAACCACCUCAAACUGACUGACAAUAUCCCUUUACACGGACGUUGACUGAAACCAAUAUGGGAAAAAUGACUGUCAUCAUGGAAACGUUGGGUUUGUGAACUGUAUCUCUUGUUCGCUGGACCUAGUGCACAGUUCUCUAAUAUAAGAAAGGAAGGUCUGUUGGUCAUCCCAGAAAGCACCAAGAUCUCCAGCAGGUGGUUGAUUCCAAGUGCUAUCAGUUGACGGCUUAGGAGAGGAUGUGCUGGCUGGUACUCUUGGAAUUGGCAGAGAAAGAGCAAAUAUUAUGACUGGUCAUCUGGGGUGAGAUAACGGACAUCGAUGACCACAGAUCUACUGCAAGAGUGAACCCAGCGAUCGCACAUCAGAAGUUUGAACGGACAAAUUAGACAUUGGGACAUUAUACGGAGCGCACAAGGAACAGAAAUCUUUCCUAGAAAGCCUGGAAGCAGGGAAGUGAGUAAGUCAUGGCCCAAAUGAUUGCCUUAAUUAUUACAUAUAUACCUAUAUAUGAAGUGAUGAAACUAGAGACUUAUCCGAGUUCAAAUAUGUUUUUCUUUAUGUGUGAAACAGUGUCUUGUAAGGAACAGAUGUGAAUAUUUUAAUAAGAUAGAGAAAAAUGGUUUGGUUGUAAUGUCGACAAUGUUUUAGUUGGGUCUGCUUUGUAGGUGUCAUUGAUAACCAAAUGGUGGAGUUUUUCCUCUGCUUACGUGCAGCAAGCAGAAUGAGUUGAUCUAUUUUUAUCUCGUUUCGUAUUGUCAACCAAAAUAAGGCUGGCUUGAGGCGGAGCUGCUCACUCAGCUACCAGCUACAAUGUCUUUCAAUUCACAACAUCAUGUUAUGACAACUAUAUUACAAUUCAGAAAAGCGUAGGGAGUCCAAAACGAGACAAAAUGACUCUACAAUAUACAUGAAACAUAUCUGAUUAUUUUUGUCCUCUUUUUUUCCCCACAUACUGUAAGCAUCUGUUCACACACUCUCAAACACAAAAGAUGUCAGGUGCGCAUACACACACACAAACACACAGAAUGAUCUACCGAAGGGACACAAAGGGUUUUCCCUAAGAUGCAAAUUUUAUUAUGUUAGUGAUAUAAUUGACCAGCUGCUUUGUUGACACAAACCUCGAUCCAUUUAAAGUUAACUGUAUGCAAAGUAACAUGGAAGUGUGUUAUAUAUUUUUUUAAACCUAGCCUUGACUAUUACUUAACCAAAGUUUAAACCCUGAUUUUAUUGUACGUGGUGUACACUUCCUCUGGAGAUGUUGUGAAAAUAGAUACACAUUGAAUAGAACAUAUGCUGAUGUUUAUAUUUCUGUGUCCAACAAUGUGUCGCAAAUCAUGACAUUUGAGACAAUUCUACUUAGUUUGACUGUUAACAAUGUCUUCAGAAGCCAUGUUCCAUUUUUAUUUACAUGAACAUUGAACAUGUUGUGGAUGCUGCUCCAACAAGAUCCAUGAUUUUGCCCUUCAAUUUCUAUUUGAGAUGUUUUCAUUUUAGAAUUUAGUUUCUUAUUGUGCUGUUCUCAUAUAACUGCUCGUAGAAAAUCCGCCCACUCUCUUUUGGUCUGCUUUCAAAGACACAUAGUUGUACGCACUGCUUGCUUGUUGCAGCUUUGUCAGACAAAUCAAGUGUUUGCUUUAAAAAAAAAACAGAAAUACCAUCUUAUGUUUAAGCCCAUCCUUCUUACGUUCAGUCAACAGCCAAGAACUUAGCAAUCCUCGCUCCUGGGCGUGCUGUCUAUUAUUGUGAUGUCGGCCCAUGAUGACUGUGCUUCAGUGCAUCAACAACACAGAGCUCUAUUAUUCUUUUUAUGUUAUUGAAAGGGGUGGAACCUAAUAUUAUGUACAGUAUUAUUUACACAGACAAUGGACUGCAUUUCUAUUCUCUUCCAUAAAAAGAAAACAUACAUAUUUCAUUGUACUGUCUGAAAAGACAUAGAACACUUGAAUCUGGAGAUGAAAUGUGCUCUCAUAUCAGUGUCUGUUCUUCAUCUACUUACAUAGAAAAUCCUAAUUACCCCCCCCACCACCACCACUCCACAAAUACACAUCUAUUCUUAUUGGUUACGCUAUAUCCCUCUAUUACAAAAAACGUUGAAGGUCUGUAGUCAAGAUUUUCCUCAACGUUCAGAAAACCCUAUCAAACAUACCAUGCUAGCCUCUGCUAAAAUGUACUUUGUUAUCAAAUUCCUUUAGCAUCACUGGUUAUUUACCAAUGAUUUCAGAAAAAGUAAGUGCCGUUUAUUCCCUGAUCCCAUAGUCCCAUUGUUUUACACUUUGAAGCAAACACAAAGCCCAAUGCACAUUCUGAUAAUUGAUGUCUGUCAAAGUGUAAUAGUUUAAAGAGAAAUCCCUCAGCAGUUCACGGUAUCAUUUAGUGUGCCUAGCAAGAAGUUGUUGUGUCUUGCCAUAGUUAAGCUAAAAUACUCUGGAUUCCCAAAUUGUAGUUGAAUAAGCAGUAACUUAAGGGAAAACAAAGAGAAAGAUGUAUCUUUCAAUAGCAAGUUUUUCUAGUAUGUUACGAUGUUACUAUACUGUUAGAUACUGUAUACUGUUAGAAAAGCUGACCAAGAGAAAGAUGUAUCUUUCAAUAGCAAGUUUUUCUAGUAUGUUACGAUGUUACUAUACUGUUAGAUACUGUAUACUGUUAGAAAAGCUGACCUUCUCCCUAGUUAUCUACCCAAUCCGUAGUAUAACUCCGAAGUGGUGGCUUCUUUUGAAAAUAUCAAUCAGUGUUAUGUCCCCGCCUAAAGCACUACGCAUAAUGAUGAGAAUGUAAAAAAAAAAAAAAAGCCAUUCUAAGUCAUUGGUAUAGCCUGUGUAGCCUCAAGACCACAACAAUGAUAUUUGACUACAUUAUGGUAACAUAUUAUGGUAAUGGUUUAACUGUGAUUGGACUGAACUGAAAAGACAAAGUCAAAGAAAAGGCUUUUAACAAUGGCCUAAUAUCAAAGAUGGGGCUUAGCCCUGCCUACAGUAUCUAGACGUAUCCUUAGUAUAGAUAUGAGGCCUGCUUCAAGGUGUGACUAGUUACAGUGAAAAGGUCCAGAAAAUUGACAACUAUAGCUGGUCUGUCUUUGAACACUAGCCUGGGACGAUCAUAUUCACACGAAGUGUCUCAGAGUGCUGAUCUAGGAUCAGUUCCCCUGUCCAGUUUAUCUUAUUUAUUGUGAUCUAAAAAGGCAAACCUGAUCCUUUAUCAGCACUCCUACUCUGACAUGCUUGAUACAUACUGCCCCAAAUAUAACAAACAUAUACAAAUCAAAUCAAGUCCAUAACUUGAAAAUCAUUAUAAUGACAUGUUUAACUAUUGUAUACAUUUUAAAGUCGUGCCUUCUUAGGUAUAGAUUGGGUAGCUACUAAGGGUCCAUUGUAUAUAUAAAUAUAACGAACAUAUACAAAUCAAAUCAYGUUUUAUUUGUCACACGCUUCGUAGACAACAGGUGUCGACUAACAGUGAAAUGCUUACUUAAGCGUUCAUUUCCAA